CGAUUUUGUAUUUUAAUUAUUUUAUAUUUCAUCAGAAUAUAUUUGUUUUGUAUUUAUUAAAGAGGUGUUUUAACUAAUGAAUAUACUAAUCAAUAUUUUGUGUUUUUAAAAUUAAGCUUUGAAGGCAAACUGUAUCAAAACUGUAGUCAAAAUAAUAAAAUUUGUUCAUCGCAGCCUGUUAUCAAUAAAAUCAAUGGGUUAGUAUGAAAAUUAUACUAAUUUACCACUAUUUUUAAUCUCUUGUGUUACUCAACCUAAUUAAACAUGGAUAACACAUCAAAUGUAAAAUCAGACCCUGAUCCAUUGGUCGAUCAGGUGGAUUUCGACAACUGGGCUGAUUACACGAACGAUGAAGAUAUCGUUAAUAAAUAUUUCUACAAGCUCUACGUGUCACAAAUAACAACUGAUCAAAUGAUAGAAGUGAUGCGGCACCUGAGCUCGUCACCAAAAGGAUCCAGGAAUAAGAGCGUAUACAACACCAUGAUUAAAAUCUUGUUUAACGAGUGUAGAUUCUUCCCGAAGUAUCCAUUGCAAGAGUUGUCAAUAACAGCAGAGUUGUUUGGGAAAAUGAUAAAGCAUGGACUGCUACUAUCAAAUGGACCACUUCUUCUGCUAGCAUCGAGAUGUAUCCUGGAGGCUCUGAAAAGAGGGAAAACUUCAAAGAUGUUCCAAUUUGGAACAAUAGCACUUUCACAAUUUGAAAAUUCCAUCGCAUCAUACCCAUGGUUCUCUAACUCACUAUUAUCCAUCCCAGAUGUAAAGGAAACCUUCCCUCAGCUCUAUAAAACCUGCGAAAAGUUACAAACUAUCAUGACCGAUAACAUGAAAAAUAGCACAUAUAUUGAUCAGGCAAAGGGUAUUGUAAUAGGUCAGGUAGAAGAGGUGACCCAACCGAAACCUGAACAGAAUGGUCAGGCGUCACCCCCUUCAUACGGGUUAGAUAUUCGUGCAUCAGUUGGAGAGUGGGAAUUGAUAAUGGGAGAUGUGGAAGUUGACGCUAAAGUGCCUCCAGAUUCAUUGGUGGAUCACGUUUACUCAAUUUUCAACAACAUGUGCCCAGACGACGUGGAAAAGAAAGCCAGCGAAGUUUCAUCACUGCUAGACCAAGAGUACAACACAUGGCUCCUUCUGUACAUUAUCCGCACGAGAGCAAGCAAAGAGCAUAACCUUCACGAUGUUUUCGCCAACUUUAUAGAAAAUAUGAAUUACCCGAAGCUGUUUGACCAGGCAAUACAAAUAACAUACUUAUGUAUAAACUCUUGCCUAAAAAACGUUGAACAACAUAAGGAAGUCUUGGCAUACAGAACAUUGUUGAAAAACCUGGGAAGCUGGUUAGGAAGAAUAACUUUGGCACGAAAUGUGCCAAUAAUAUACAGACAACUGGAUGUAAAGGCAGUUCUGACAAAGGGAUACGAAAAUGGAUAUCUGGUGGCAGUGCUCCCCUUCAUAUGUAAAUCAAUGGAGUCAAUCAAAAACAGUAAAAUAUUUAAACCACCAAACCCGUGGACGACAGCCAUGUUAUCAUUCUUGAUGGAAAUAAGAGAUUUACCAAAUCUUAAAACAAACUUAGUGUUCGAAGUGGAAGUGUUAUUUAAGCACUUAAAUUUGGAAAUGAAGGACUACGCAAAUAAAACUAAUUUGCUAACAUCAAAAAGCCCGCCACAAAAUAGCCCAGAUUUCGAAACACCAAACCCAGCAAACGCUGUAUCAACAACAAGUUCGACAGCACCAAAACCAAAUGGUGUACAAACAGGAACUACGACCUUGGAAGAAAAUAACGUCCAAUUCCCAGGAGAUCGAGAAAAAUUAAAUCAACUGUUGUCAAAGAUUAUAAGAGAAGGGACAGUGACAACAACAUCCUCGAACUUUAACACAAUAUAUUCACACGAUUUGCCAGCUAACUUGAACAAUUUAGUAAAUCAGGCGACUAAUAACGCACAACCAAAUGCCCAAAAUGCAGUUCCAGCAGGAUCACCAAGUAAUGUGUCCACACCACCGCCCGCAGUAAACCUACCAACGACGGCCAACUUCGCACACGCACAAAUCAACAUGAGCAUGACGAGGUUCAUAGACAACAUGAUGCACAGCUUGCAUAACAAUGUUGUUAUCUCACCGUCAAUAGCACUGUUCGAAAUACAACCCCAGUUCAGGUCAUUGGUUCCAAUAGCAGUGGAGAGAGCAGUAAGGCACGUGUUGUCAGUAGUAUGCGAACACUCACUUUCGCUGGCAAGAAUGUGCACGAAGAUAUUAAUAACGAAGGAUUUUUCAAACCAGGAGGAUGAAAAUAUAACCAGAGGAGCAACGAGAAUGAUGUUUGAAACUUUGGCAACAAACCUAGUGGUGGCGACAUGUAAAGAGCCAUUAAAGGUAGCCUUUCACGAAAGCCUAAGGUCAUCAAUACAAACACACAGAACACAGGAUUGUAAUGAUCAGGUCCUGGUGGAACAACUAGUCCAGGUGCUGAGCCAAGAUAACCUGGCAGUUUGCGUAAAUGUAGUCGAAAAAAUCACACAGGAGUAUGCGGUCAGAGAAAGCGACCUCCUCUUUAUGGAGAUACUCAAAUCCAUAUCAAGAGAACCAAAGCUGCCCGAAAACUUCUUACCAACCCUAAUUAGCAACUGGAAUACUAGAAAUAACAGCCAGCAUGCUUUGGUAGUGUAUAAAUCGAUAUUUGGAAACUCAAGGAUGACACCACAGAGAGUUCAAUUGCACAGUCCAUCAUCACUGUCACAACAUUCCAUGCAAGGACACCAGAUGCCAGUUAACCUAAUGAACCAACAGUUCCAAGGCCAGGUAAUGAUGGGACAACCGCCUGUAUCAUCGCCAGCUAAUCAAAUGCCAUCAUCAUCAAUACAACAAUCACCACCACACGGAAUUCACAUCGCGUUGGCACUCUUUGAAGAGUGCCUGAGUGACCUAAGAGAACCGCUGAGAGACGUAGCAAUGUUCCCGCCUCCAUUGUACAACACAUGCCUGGAGCCGGGGAGGACGGAGCAUAUCUUCAGCACUCACUCACUCCAUGUUCUGUACAGCCUGCCCCACGACCACGAAGUGUUCUCAGGUAUAAUGAGGUGCAUAAACGUAGUGGAGACGUCAGGAUUCAGAGAAAUUGCAGCCUUGGCUAUCGCAAAGUGUUUGUUAAUGUUUCUGUGCGAAGGCAUAGGAGCAAACUCAAGUCUGAAUAUCGAGGUCCUCCUUUGCGUACUCGACGGCCUGAAUAGCAUUAACCCAGCAGUUAAGCCGAUGCUAGGAAACAUGCUCUACUCAUUGCCACUAGACCACAAUAACAACCUGUUUAACAUAUUAGUAGUGGCAGGCUUAUUGAGAUAUAAAUUGCUGGAGUGGCCGGAACUAACACAUUAUCUGAUACUGGCGAUGGAAAGAGGAAAAAAUGUGUACGCGAUAGAAAUGUCGAUAGUUUCAACAGCUAUAGCACUUGUAGACCAGAAAUCAGCACCACCUACGGUAGGAGCACCUCUGGUGAGGGAGAUAUCAACCCUUUCAUGUGGCUCUGAACCAUGCAAAACAUACCCAGGAGUUUUAAUAAAGGAUGCUUGGGCAAAGCUGCUAAAGGAUAUAGUAGAAGUCCAAAAUGAGCCCAAACCGACAAUAUUUGUUUUGACAACGAUUUUAAAGCAAAAUUUAAAUACGCUGUACGGGAUAUAUCAUUUCAAAACAAACCCAAACUCAAACCCACAAGCUCAACCAGGAACAGAUUAUAAUGAUCAGAGAGCAGAUGAACUAUUUGAUGGGUUUGGCGGUUCGAGAAGAGUUCCAGUCCCAGCACCAAUAAAUGACUCCCACAGGUUUGUGUUUGGAGCGCUGUUUGGAAAAUGGGUUGAAUGUACUAAAAAUGUCGAAGGAGAUUCACUGUUGUUAUCAUGGAGACACUUCUUCCAAAAGUUCAACCUCCAGUCACUAUUUAAAAUGGAAGGCGGGACCGAUUCAUUCUUCUCAUCAUGCCUGUACACAAUAAUACAUUUUGAAAAGUCCUCAAAGUUGUUCAACAUGACAAAUGCAAGCAAGGACCCAAAUAACCAGAAAGUUAAUGGUUUGACAACUAUUCCAAACGGUGGUCUCCAGCCGUCAUCAAACUCGAGUUCGAUGAUGUCCUCAUCAAAUCCAAGUAACGACCAGAGUUCUAAAAGUGAUAGCAUGAGUGAUACAAGUAACGCAAAUUCUGUCUCAAGCAGCAGUUCCGCAUCUUCUUCGUCACAAGUACUAAAUGCCCCACCAAUAACGCUGUUUGAUUGCCUCGAGGGACUGUGCAAGAUGGUUGACGUGAUGUUGAGGUUGGUUGGAGGGUCAGGGGAUAUACCGCCAUGUAGCGCACUGCAGAAGCUAUUAUCAUCCCUAUCCAGCAUAAUAGUACACCAAGGACACUACCUGAGCUCAUAUAACAUAUGGCUAUCACUGAUGGUAUAUUUCGACAGGUUUGACGAGCCAAAUUAUCUUUUUUCAAAGCUGUCAUUUUUGUACGCACUCGAGUACGUUAAUCCGACAAGAGUGCCUGGGUUUUCAUUCUUCUUCAUGAGGUUGUUGGUCCAUCCAACCCUGAUUAACGGCGCCCUAAGGUCUUCAAAGUGUUGGAAGGUGCUGUCAAGAAUAUUCAACAUACUCUCAAUAUAUACAGCAGACAUAAACAACUGCCCAAGCACGGCCAAAGAAUCAAGUGAAAACAAGGACGUUUUGACAAAAGAUGAUAAUUUGGAGUCAGAAAAGGAUCCUGUGAGAGACAGUGAUAAUUAUAUAGAGUACUUCACAUCAGUGUACUACAACUGCGUGGAGUACAUUUCUACCCUGUGCCCAGAGUUUGUCAGCAUCAACUACCUUAACUUCUUUGGAACAUUUGCAAUUGAGAGGCUGGCAUCAAGUGUAGGGCAGAAAGGGCCAUCAGUUCUUAAGGGGUUCUUGGGGGUCAAGGGAGUAGACGUGAUACCUGAGAUGAAAGUUGCACCAAAAGUGUCUAACUCAUGGGCAAAUCUGGUUUCAAGAAAUAGAUUGGCGCUUUUAAUCAAUAAGGUUCUAGUUAAACUAUCUAAAUUUGGACUAUCAUCUUUGGUAAGCUGCCAGGAUCUUGAAACAAUAUGCCUUAUACUCACAGAACAAGUAAAUAAUACGCCCUCGCAAUCGGUAAUGACUUUUAAUUCUCUAACACUGGAAAUCGUCACAACACAUCAAAAUGUGUCGCAAGAUCUUCAUGAUACAAACGCCAGACUAUUACUCUUUUUGUGGUUAAUUAAGGCACUACCAAUAAAAGCCAAGUAUCAACUGGUUUGCUCAAUUGUAAGGCACUUGAGGGAUCCAAACGCACAUACAUUCUUCUUCUCCUGUCUGAUUAUCACGAUGUAUGACGAAUGCAAAAACGACCUUGAUACCAAACACGUUAUACUUCGAGUGCUUCUAGAGUCAUUUAUAGCUCCAGGCAAGUGUCCUUGGGGAGUAUCGCUUGUGGUCCUGGAGCUUUUCACUAAUCCGAGGUUCCAGCAGAUGCCAAACUACUCACCGCAAACGAACGCCCUCAUCGAGUCAAUAACACACACCAUAAACAACAUUGCUGCAUAAUCUAUCUUUAUAAAAUG